AUCGCUCGUUUAGGGCGUCGACGACGAUGCGCAGCUUUAUAAGUACGCGGAAUUGGACGAAGCCUUGCUCAUUGCCGAUCGCGAGUCGUUAUGCAUCGCGUGCGCGACAGUUUGCUCGUUGGCGAGGUUCCUCGAGUCUUGGCUGCCUAAACAGAUGAUUUUGCAAGAGACGACGACAUGCCGCAGCAGCUUUGCAUUUCCGCCAUGGAUCUGGGAGCGCACGCUAGCAUGGGAAUUUGAUCCGCGAAUCGUGGCGAAAUUAUUUAGGCGUUCGUGUCGGUAAUUCGCGGCAGGCGUUGUGUGCUUUGGUUUUUAUUGAAAAGUUUUAAUUUGCGACGUUUUGCAACGUUUGCGUGAGCGGACGUCGAAAAACUGACCGGGAUUCGAGGUAUUAGUGGUGUUCUCGAGUGGUGAUGUGAACUGUGUGACGGAAGUGAGGCUGUUGCUUUUCGUUGGUUCGGGUUCAUAAAUCUACUUGAGGUCGUUGAAACAUGGUCCUUUGGUCGUUCGUCCUGCUGCUAUGGAUUGGACUGGGCACUUCGUAUCCAAUGACGAAGUUGGAGCCAGUAUCCUCGAACACAACCAUGGCAGAUCAGACAAUGGUCGAAGUGGGCGCAACACAUACGGGCAAAGUGGAGCUUACCUUACCCUUCAAGAUAUCGACUAAAGAGGAGCUCAUCACCUGGGUGACCUACGCCAUGCGAAUCAUGGCCUCGCGUAUCAAUAUAACUUUAGCUUCUGCGAAUCCAGAGGUCAUGCCCCCCGAGAGAAUGGAGAAGUUGAAAAAUUCCUCUGUUGUUAUUAACAAUUUUUUAGAAAAGAUGAAUAAUGACGAGAGGACAAGACUGUCAGGUGACGAACGAAAUAUGCCUGAUAAAAGGUUGAAUAGUAUGCAAGACGAUAGAAGAAUGCCGUCGGAUGAAAAGAGAUAUCAACAGGACGAAAGGAGAAGGCAACCGGAUGAGAUGAGAAGACCACAAGAGCCUGGAAAAACAGUCAAAACGGCUUCGAUGGGAGGUGUGAAGUACGACAGCAGGAUGGAAGAUAUGAGGAGAACAACUCCUCCAACGACUAACUGCAAGAAGUUGGAAAGACAGCUCUACAGAUUAACGUCAACUACGGAAAAUCCUAAUGCUCGAAACGAUAUGGGGGUCAAUGUAGAUAUUCACGCCUCGAGACCGAUGAGUCACCAGGAGCAAACUCGCCCGUUGACUUUCACAAAUCCAUUUACCAAGUACAUUCAGGAGUUGGCUCUUAUCAAUCCCUACGACCAUCCUGACAACAAGGUUUUUCGCGAUCCAGACAUCUUUCCACCCUUCAACGUACAGCAGCAUCAGAACGGCUACAUACCACUUCCGGUCAGACCGGCUUAUCACGAGGAGAAUCUCAAACAGUAUUAUGCUAUGGCUAAUGGGCAAAAUGUCAGUCAGCCUAGUAUGUUUGGUGUAAGAACUGAUCCAUUAGGUUCGCUGCAAUUGGUGCCUUCGAGGAACAAUUAUCACAGCCCACCGAUCACUUCCCAGACUACUCGAACUGAACUGGCGGAUCUCAAUUCCGGCACGAUCGGCAUCGCCUUCCAACAACCGCAUACCAUCCCCUUCUCCACCACCCUGAGGCCGGUCCUCAGUGUGCCUUUUGAAGCCGUUAUCACGAUCACUCGAGACUCUGAAUCGUCGACUCCGUCGUCGAUAAUGAGACCUGAAAAAGUCAGCGCAGUGAUGCUACCCCCGAAGAGAAAUUCUUCAUCGUCGCAGCGCGGAACUAAAACUCCUACGUCGUCUAGUCAGAAAAAGAAGAAGAACAAGAAUCGCGAUAGUAGUCACUCGGCUUCGGCGACUAAUGUGCAGGACAGUUUAGCGCCAUCGUCGCAGAAGAGUAAGAAGAAUAAUUCGGGUAAAACAACAGUUCAGUUCGACGGUGACAAGUCUCAACGAGUCUCGAAGUCGAAAAAGAAAAAGGAAAAACCUCCAAGUACCAUGUUUUCCGCCUUAAAGUUUCUAGUUCGUAUGCUUACACUGGUUAAUGGAAAUGCCACAUCCCCGGCAGUUUCGAACGUAUUCUCGAAAAUCAGCAAGAAAGGUCCGAAUUCAAAGCUUUUGCAGGUAAAAUAAUGACACGUGCUUUUGUCUACUAUAGCUCAAUUCGAUGUAGAAAUCAAGGUAAAA